AUUUCACAUACUACUCAGAUCGACUAAUUUUUCGUCAAGUUCAGUAUGUGGUGUAUCCACAAACGCCAUAAUCCUCAGUAUAACUCAAGAGACUGCAAUUGGCGCAGAAAUCGUGGCGUGGCGGUACUGAGCUGUACGGAUUGCGGCAGCAACAGCGCGAGCAGCACAGCGUCGAGUGACAUAACGAGCAUCAGCAGCGGCGAGGAGGAGCCAGGAUCUCCGUUCAGCACCGCCUCCACUAAUUCGGAGGAUUCUGGAACGGGAGGGGGAGGUAGUUUAGGUGGUGGAGGGGGAAGGCGGAUGCCGCCUACCCAGUCCGCACCACACCCGUCCUGGCCGUGGACGGGACUACUUAACGACCCACCGCCUGAACAGAUCACGCACAAACGUUCGCUUCCCGCCACCACUGUCUCCUCAUUCGCGAAACGUCUGAAGCAAGCCGAGGCAGCGGCCGAUAGGGACAACAACAACUGCAGCAAAAGCAGGAAGACUCCACAGCUAUCUACCGGCAACAAGAUGACCGUCACGGUGACAGUGACAGCAGACCCGGCCAAGAAACAGGCUACGAACGGUGGUACCACGACGCCCGCCACGGCACCGACGGCGGUACCGACUGUCGUUCCCGCCACCGGGGGCGGCGGUAUUGCUCCGACGGGGGCGCAUGCCAAGAGGCAGCUGGCCAGGUUGGCGAGUGUCGCCGUUAAGGCGGACUGUAGUCCGAUGGAAAAACUGGCAAAGUUGAAGAAGUCCAACGCGAUGGCGAUCGCGACAGCUGCUGCGGCAGCCGCGUUGACGCAAGAUGGGGUGCCAAAGAUGCAGCAGGGCAAAAUAACCGAAUACUUCAAGUCGCAAAUAUCGAAGUCUAACGGCAUAAAAAAGGAUCUCUUGAACCGGCUGAAGAAGCCGAUGGUCGGCAAAUUGGUAGACCAACAGACGCAGUUCAACAGUCUGAAAGCGCAGUGCCAACGGAAGGAGUCGAAACCGAGUCAGAAGAAGAUGGCCGCUUCGAAGGCGAAGAAGAUUACGACGGUUCCCAGGAAGAUCCUGCCAGCACCAGCGAAUGGUCAGGAUAAAAUGGCGAUCAACGAACAUACGCUGAACAACCUGAAGUUCACUCCGACGGUGACGUUGACCGCACUGAGCUUCCCUGCCCAGAACUACGCGUACCUUCAUCCGGCAGCAGCUAAGACUCCGACAGCGCAACCGUACGUGCAACAAUUCACUGCCAUCACCAACGACAAAAUCCCCAUCCCCAUCAUCAAUCGAACGCCAUGUUUGAACGGACUCAACGUCAUCCAGCCCGUUCAAAAGAUCGCUACCAUCAACAACUUCAACUGCGUCAAGUUGAACACUGUCGUGCCUAUCGUUAAGGUGAACGCCCUACCCAUCGCAAUCGGCACUCCGGUACCCCCGCAGCAAGCUGCCCCGCCCCCCUCCCUCCCCGCCGUAGCUUUGAGCGUGGAGACGGCCCUGCCUACGGUGCUGCCCGCCAAGCCAAGGGUACCGGAGGCAUCAGUGCCGUUGGUAUCACAAACCACGCCCGCCACCCCGGUACAACCAAUCAGCAACGUGCUACUGUGCAGCAGGACAACCGAGCCGCAGGAGUGCCAGGUGCAGACGGAGCUAAGGGAACAACAACAGGAGAUCAGGGAGGAUAAAUCGCCUUCGGAUAGCGAUAGCGGGAUAUCGUCGAACAGGGAAUGCCUGGAGGUGAAUGUGGACUUGGAUUCGUCAUCGUUAGAAGCAGAGCAAAAGUCGCCGAUCCUGUCGCAGCCAAAGACCAUUCGAUUUCCUUGCAAACGGGACCAAAAGGAAGAGGGCAAGUCGCCGCAACAUUCGACGGACGGCAGGUGCAGGUGGGAGAAGUGCGACCAGCGAUUAGACACCAGCGGGGCCUUAUUAGAACAUCUACAGGUGCAACAUGUGAUAUCUCAAACGGACAAGGAGCAUUACGUAUGUCUCUGGUUAGGAUGCAAGGUGCAUGGAAGGACGUCGUGUUCAAGGUCAUGGUUGGAGAGGCAUGUGCUCGCUCACGCGGGUACGAAACCCUUCAGGUGCAUUGUCGAUGGCUGUGGUCAAAGGUUCAACUCACAGUUGAUGUUGGAGCGUCACGUUAACAAUCACUUCAACCAGGACGGCAGUCCCAAUACCAGCGCGAGGAAGACAACGGAAAAUGGCUGUUGUAAGCUGUUCAAGCGCAACGGCAAAAAAAUAAGGUUCAGGAGACAGCCGUGGUCAGCUCGCAUGUUCGACUUCAUCGACUCCGGCAUCAUGGAAGGCCUGCAACACAACCUGCUAAUGCUGACUCAGAAGCGGACAGCUGGCAAGAUCAGCGAAGCUCCUGGUGACGAGGUCCAACUGCAUAGUACGGUGCUAGCCAGAAGGACGGACGCCGACGGAAGCGUUAAGUACUUGCUCAGGUGGCACCCAGAGGAUGUCGUUCCAGACGAAUGGGUAUCGGAAUCCGCCUACAAACCCUCAAAGUCAGUCUCGAUACCCAGCCUGAGCCCUACAUCAAAGGUGGCGCUCAAACCCGUCCUUUUCCCUUCCACAAAGGACGAAGAGCCCAGGCGGAAGCAGCAGCGGAAGCAGCCGAAACGUCAAACGUGAUAAAUGAAGGUCGACGGCAGAAGGCGCCUUUUUAAGCUAAGCGAUUGUAUUCUAUGAUAUUUUUGAGCCUUUGUACGAAAACACCAGCCAUGUGUUUCACUAGAAAUGGUCAAAGUACUGAUUAUGAUGUCCUUGUUGAGCGGCAGGAACGCCUGAUGACAUUGUUGAAAAUUGAAAAUUUGUAUCCUUGGAAAUCUCUGUUUGAUUGUCAAACUAUGGAAAAUUGUCCCUGUUGUUUAGAAAAUAGUAACUGGGAUCGUUAAAGUUAGAUUUGUUGUUAUAUACACAGUAUAUAUUAACGUAUUUGUUUGUAUUAUUUUUGUAUUUGUCAAUUCUGGACUCAUUAUGCCUUGAUACUGCAAAGUAUAUCACCUAAUCAAAGAAAUGUAACUAGACUUGAUACAUAGAAUUUUCCAUAGUUUCGUCGAUCUGUUAUUAGAGUUACGACAGUUUGUGAUUAUAUGUGGUUUGUAGUUUGAUCAAAGCAAGGUCUAAUUUACUCAUCUCAAGGCCGCACGUCCUCUUUUAGAUUUUUUUUCAACUCCCUGUUUGCAGUGUGUAUAGAGAUGACUAAAAAAACAAUGUUUUCAUUGUUUUUGUCAACAAAUGCAUUUUUCGUGCAUUUUAUUGUGCAUUUUUUCUUCAAUCGGAACUUGUUAAUAAACGUAAGUUCAGCUCUGAAAUUGUGCGUGAAUAUUCCUCUUUUAUGGAAGAAUGAAACGAGUGAUUACUUUUGUUCUAAUCACUUUUCUUUUUCGAAAAAUAUUUGCGUUUCUUGCAAACUCAACCUGCUGCGAGACGAGGCUUCAAAAAAAUCAAAGAUUUUUUGAAAAGGGAACGUGAUAAGAACAAAAGUAAUCACUCGUUUCAUUCUUCCAUAAAAGAGGAAUAUUCACACACAAUUUCAGAGGUGAACUUAUAUUUGUUAACAAGUUCAGAUUGUAGAAAACAUGCACAAAAAAUACAUUUUUUGACAAAAAAAAAAUGAAAAGAUUGUUUUCAAUCAUCUUUAUACACAUCAUGGAAUUAUCAGAUGAAAAGGAUUUAGACCACUGCUGCAAACGGGAAGUUGAAAAUUAAUCUAAAAAAGUGACGUGCCGCCUUAAAUAGGUUGCAGAACAGGCCUAAAUCAUGAAUGUUUAAUUGCCUAUCCGUGAAGUUAUUUCGCAAGUCUUUUAAAAGUCUGAACCUUGAGCUACUAGAAAUCACACAUAACCAAGACUCGAGUUCAGAGUAUGACGUUCAGAAGUGAGGAAAGCUAAUGUUAGAAGUAAUUUUUGCUCAAAAUGUAUCAGUCCCAGGCGUUUCUGUCAAGACGUGCAAACUACCCCGCGCAGGCGCAUUCUGGCCUUAUUUAGCUAAUAGUAGAACGUCAUACGCACAAAAUCUAUCGGUCAAAUAUCAGUGUCUUUCAACGAUUGCCUAACAACUAUAGGCCAGCUAUUUUUUAACUCACUAGUUCUUUGUCAGUAUGCAAAUGUUCAUCUUUUAAGUUCUUAAGCGACAUACCUUUUCCUUCAGUUGGAAGCUUUUUUCCAAGUUGGUUUUCUAAAAAAUCAGCGAUAGAUUCACAUAAUCCGAGAGCUAAUCAUAAUUGACCACGAUAUCUAGAAUUUGAGAGAAAAAAAUUGUAAUAAAAAUGUGCCACAAUGGAAUUAGGCCCUUCGUUCAGAUACAAAAAGUAUUGAUAGCUAACCUUUUUUAUUUAAUAUCAGAGUUGGAAGAACACUUUUGGCAUAAGUGGUCCAAAAAAGUUGUUUGGGGGAAAAAUACCUUCAAAAUAAGAUCUUAUACGCCAGAAAUCGUCGAUUCCUACAUUUAUUUUUUAUUGGAAAAUUCAAAACGGAAAUCAGAAAUAAUGCUCUUUUCCUUUCCUUUUUUGUCAAAAUGUGUAUUUUUUAUCACCUUUUCAGUAGUGCAAUUACGAGUGUCAAAAAACAAAGGAAUUAUUCUAAUUGUCUAUAAGGAAAAAUAGAUGUACUGUUGACGACGCUUUUUACAUGGUUACUAUAAGAAACUCUAGUAUUUCUUUCAACAAGAUAUUAACCUAAGCCUCUAGCAAGAGAAUAAGCCCAAUAUGAGGUCAUUUGCUAGAUUCAAAAAGGCCAUUUUUCUGAAAAAAGUUAGUAACUGAUAGAAAAUUGCAGAAACGGUUCAGCAUUUUUGAUCGACAUUUUUUCUGAAGUACAAAAACUUGUAACUAUUAUUUUAGAUUUACUGUUAUGCAUUUUGCAGUAAAAAGUAAAUCUACAAAUCAGUCAUUUCUGGCGUUUUUUAUACAAACCAACGAUUUCUGACAUUUUUUUGUAAUAACAAAUUGACAGUUCCGGCAAGUUGGCCGUGUAAGUCCUCAAUUUGGAGGUAUUUUCAUCCACUAUACAUUUUUUUGGACUAUUUACACCAAUAAGUGUUUUUUCUAACUUUGACGUUUAAUUAAAAUGUUAGCCAGCAAACUUUUUUGUAUCUCCCGAUGAGGAGCCUUGUCAUAUAGCCUCAAGUAUAUAAUUCCGUUGUUAAACCGCUUACUACAAUUUUUUCUCUUAAAUUCUAGAUACUCUGGUCUAUUAUGAUUGAAUCUCAAGUUAGUCAGCUUCUUCUACAGGUUAUCCGGUAAAUAGUACGACAAAAACAUAGGCCAAAGGCCGAUCUGCAACAUACCAAAAAAUCACCUUAGUAUAAAUUUCACUGUUUUUCAGAUAUUAGUUUUUGUAUCUCUUUCGGAAAAUUUCCUCGUUUUAUCUUUUAUUAAGCAUGUAAUUUAUCGCAGUACUUUGCAGUAGCAGUCUAGUACAUUUUUAUUUCAUUGCUGAAUACAAAAGUUGAGUAAAAUAGUUUUCUAAAAUAAAAAUUACGAAGAAGAAAUUAGUUUAGAAGUUUACCUACUUGAAUUUAUCGAAAAUGAUAUUUCAAAUGGCAGACCAACUAUCUGAGAAUAUUUUGAAAAAAUACAGAUAUCCUGUUAUUUCUAGGCACAGCACACAAAAAAUUAUAUCUCAAAAACAGUGAAACUUUUACUAGGGUACAGUUUUUUAUAUGUUGCAGAUCUGCCCUUCACCUAUCGUCCCUAUUUUUUGUCGUACUAUUUACCGGUAUAUUAAAAAGAUUCUUCAAACUCUGCUCUACGGCCUUCUAGACUAGAAGUUAGAAAUUGGUUGCUCUAUAAAGCCAUGCUAGGGCCAUGUUUGUACGUGCCGUGGACGUAUGGAUCUCGUAAUUAUAGCAAAGGUUCGUUUCCUAAGAGUAAUUUUUGUAUAGAGAGCUAGCGAGUGAUGCAAGCGAAUGAUGUAUAGCUAUGUGGAGUCUUUCACUUUGUACAGUAGGUUUAUGUGUAUAGUUAUAACGUAAGGGUACAACAGAACGUGGUUUUGAUCGUUUACAACCAGCCAGUAUAUCACUGCCAUUACGAAAUGAAAUCUGGUUGAUCAUGUAUAGCUGUUAAAGACUAGAUUAGUAAAUGCCGAUCGACAUUUUGGUGAUGCUGAAGAGGGUAAGGGCUGCAGAGAGGAAUGCGUGCCUAAUAUUUAGGCGGACACAGGGGUGCGGUACACCCCAUACAGCUAGAAAGAUAGUGACUGAGCCUAUACAGCUAGAUUUUUUCAAAGUCCCGCAUUAUAUUUUAACUACCUCGAUAAACUUAUGGUUUAUUUAAUGUAAUUUAUAUCAGAGCUCAAUAAUAUGAAUUUUGUAUCUAUGUGCGAAGUUAGGCGAAAAAUGUGCGAAU